UUCCUCUCACUGCAACUGCCCAGUGCUCUCGUCUUCAGGGGGGGGCCAUUUCUCUCCUCCUAAUUCUAAAAAAAAAUUGUAAAUCGAACCGAGCCCAAUCAGUAUAAUGGCACUGUUAAUGAGAAAUGCCUGCAGGGCCCUGUCUCAGACAGCCCAGAAAGGUGUAGUCAGAAAUUUGAGCUCCUCAGCAGUUCUUCAGCAGCAAGAAACUGUGAUCGAGCAAGAGGGCAAGACCAAGUGCACCCUCAUCCCUGGAGAUGGUGUUGGGCCGGAGCUCGUUGUUUCAGUCCAACAGGUGUUCAAAGCUGCCAAUGUUCCUGUGGAAUUUGAGCCUUAUUUCUUGUCUGAAGUCAACCCGACAUUGAGUGCACCACUGGAACAAGUUUCCAAUAGUAUUGCGAGAAAUCGGGUUUGCCUCAAGGGUAUUUUGGCCACUCCAGAUCACUCCCACACUGGAGAGCUCGAAACUCUGAACAUGAAACUCCGAAAAAGUCUAGAUUUGUACUCGAACGUGGUGCACGUCAAAUCAUUGCCUGGCGUUAAGUCUCGUCAUUCUAACGUCGAUUGUGUCAUAAUCCGAGAACAGACGGAGGGGGAGUACUCAGCACUCGAGCACGAGUCUGUACCUGGUGUCGUCGAGUGCCUGAAAAUCGUGACUGCCUCCAAAUCACAGCGAAUUGCCAAAUUUGCGUUUGAUUACGCUGUCAGGAAUAACCGGAAGAAGGUCACCUGUGUGCACAAAGCUAAUAUCAUGAAAUUGGGUGAUGGGCUUUUCCUGAAAUCUUGUCAAGAAAUUGCAAAACUUUAUCCUAGGAUUGAUUUCGAAACGAUGAUUGUUGACAACUGCACCAUGCAGAUAGUAUCUAAUCCACAUCAGUUCGAUGUUAUGGUUACCCCUAAUUUAUACGGAAAUAUUGUUGAUAAUAUUGCUUCGGGUCUAGUCGGUGGUGCUGGAGUUGUAGCUGGAGCAAGUUACAGCGCUGAAUGCGUUGUAUUUGAACCCGGUGCGAGGCACACAUACUCCGAGGCUGUAGGAAAGAACGUUGCAAACCCAACAGCCAUGAUCCUCUGUGGUGUUAAACUCCUGAAUCACAUAAACAUGAAGCGUUAUGCGGCGCAAAUUCGUGAGGCGUUGAACCGUGUCCUGAACGAUGGAAAAAUUCUCACCAAAGAUUUGGGUGGCCAGAGUUCUACGAGUGAAUUCACCAACGCAGUCAUCAGCUGCCUCCGUUAAAGUGCUCCUGUGUGCGUUAUCUUUCAAGAAAGAAAAUAAAUGAAGAAAUCAACGUAGGACAAUCGUGAUUAUUGAAAUAGCCUGUUUUCCCGACAUCGCCGUCGAUAUUAGAGAUGAGGGUGGAAAAGUGGAAAGACAGCCUUCACCAGAAUUUCAUUUUUUUUCUGUCAUUUCCAUGUCUAUUUAUUGAGAUAAUAAUUUCUCGAAUUCAUUUGUUGUAACGGAGACUCACGACUUCGAUCGUCUUGUAUUGUAAUUAUUGAAUGUACUACUGGAGAUAUGAAAUUCUGUUGUGUAGAUAGCUAUUAUUGGAAGUAAAGACAGUGUAUUACGUUAA